GUCUCCGGCUUCACGCUGCGGAGAACAGCUUCUACAACAUCUCUCAUCGCCAACAACGGAGAGCACCUUCCCUCGCUUCCGUCACGAACACGAACAGGCCGCCGUCCUUUCUGAUCUGCUCUAAUCACCCAGUCUUUCAUGGCAUACAAAACCUUUUGUCAGAUCAAUACUUCCAGUAGAGGAAAGGAAUUAACAAUCAAGGCAAGAGUGUCGAGACUAUGGGAUUCCAUAUUGAUCAGUAAUGGUGAAAUACUUAGUCUAGACAUGGUGCUUAUUGAUGAAGAGGGGACAAUGUUGCAUGGAGUUAUCAAUAAGGCAUAUAUCGAAAAGUUAAGGUCAUUUAUUCAAGAAGGCAAUGUGUACCUCAUUAAAAACGUGAGAGUCAUUCCAGCAGCAGCAAAAUUUCGACCUGUACAAAAUGAGAUGAUGAUUAACUUCUCACCCACAACAAAUAUAGAGGAGAUUAAAGAUAAUGAAGACAUUCCAAAGCAUGGUUUCAACUUUUCAAGCAUGGAGGAACUCUCCCAAAGAGUAAACAUUGACACUUAUCUCUCAGAUGUUAUUGGAGUUGCAACACACAUAGGACCAAUUGAAGAAACUAGAACAUAUCUUGGGCUCUCCAGAAUCCGUGAUAUCUUCCUUCUAAUCGAAGACCAGGAAGUCAAAGUUAGAUUAUGGGGUGAUAAAGCUGAUCUAAUUGAUGUGAAGUCAAUAGGGAAUGUCAUUAUAAUUACAUCAACAACAGUGAGAAAAUUUGGCAGAUAUUCUCUAUCGUCAAAUAGUGCAACUCAAGUUUUUAUAAAUUUAGAUAUUCCCGAGACUAUGGAUGUGCAAAACAGCAUUUGUUCCAAGGAAAAGAUUAUCAAAGAACUACAUGUUGAGGAGAACCAUCUAAAAGGGACACUGGAAGAGCAAAUGCACUACAAUAGAAAAACUUUAGAAGAGUUAAAUGGCAUUCUGUUAGACUCAUCAAAUCAGGGAAGGAUAUUUACCGUGGAAGCAGUAAUUAAUGAUGUUAAUACAAGAUAUGGUUGGUACUACAUAUCAUGCAGCGAAAAUAAUUGCAAGAAGCUACUUGAAAAGAGAAUUGAUUACUACUAUUGUACCAAAUGCGAUAGGAAAGCUCAACCCAAACCACGAUAUAAGAUUAAGCUUCAAAUCAGUGAUUCAACAGCAUCUGCAUCUUGCGUACUUUUUGAAAAAGAAGCUCAACAAUUAAUUCAUGAGUCGGCAGAAAACAUGGUUGCGUCAAUUGGUAAUGAAAGUGAUGAGCUUCCAAAACCAAUCCAAGAGAUUUGUGGUCAGACUGUAAUUUUUCAGUUUAGAUUGACAGACUACAAUUUCACCAGUUGUAGACCAGACUACACAGUCUCAAGACUAUUCUUUCUGGACACGAGUAGUUCAUCUAUGAAGAGUGACAGCAAUGAAACGGUAUGAUAUUUACUGAUUUUCCUCCAUUCUAUUAUAUUUCUCAAAGUUAAUAUUUGCGUUAGUAACAACAUUCCUAAUUAUCUAUAGAUUGCAAUCCCUUA